AUGUUCCAAAGCGGAGACUUAGUGGCUGGUUUGCCGAUGCCAACAAAUAUAUUGCCUUCAAAUAAUUCUUCAAACUUAUCUUCAACAAUCGUUCAGUCAUCAACUCCUUCCACACCAUCUUUUCUCACCAUUAAUUCAUCUGUCAGCAAUCAUUCUCAUCAAAAUAAUCAAAAUAGUCAUCAAUUACAUCAGCAGCCAUUAUCUACGAUAGUUUUGAAUACCGUGAACGAUCAGCGACGUCGUCAAGCUGCCUUCGAUGCUCUGAGUCAAUUAGAACGUUAUCAUAAUGACUUACAAAUGAUGGUAGAAUCAUAUGCAAUCGAUUCUUCGUUAUCUACCUCAUCCACUACACAAAUUUCUGCUCGCACACAUCAGCAGCAACAACCAUCACACACCGAUAAGUCAUGUCAAUCGUUUCCAUUACUCUGUUCAACAUCAUCGGCUGAGUCUACGUCCACUCCAUCGAUGGAUCUUCCAACAUACCCAUCAUUAUGUUUUAACCAAAAAAGUUCAUUAGACAUUUCUCGUUCUGUACAGCAAUCUCAUAACAAAAUGCCGAAUGAUUUGUAUUUACCACAAAAUUCUAACUUGUUAUUACAACCGCAAAGUGCUAUCGCCACUGUAGCAUCUGCUUUGUUACAAAAAACAGUCGUUUCAACUGAUUUUUUAUCUUCACCAGUUAACAUUACGUCGUCGAAUGCCAACAACAACCAUAAUAUAAUUUUCGAUCGUGAUCCGGCGGGAAUCAAACCACAGGACUUGGACGAUACGUUGAGAUGGCUAUUGAUACAGGUUGGACCGCACCAACCUAAAAAUGAUGAUUUUAACAUGAGCAUAUUUCCUUCUCCUGGCAACAAAAUUGUUCGAUUUCGGGCAAAAUGGUUUGAUGAUGUUCGAUUCAAGGACUGGUUAGAAUAUUCGUUAAAAAGUGGGCGAGCCUACUGUUUUUAUUGUCGAAUGUUUGCUGAUACAAAUCGCAAUCGUGCUUUUGCAAGAGAUGGUGUAAAAAAUUGGAGAAAAUGUCUCGGUUCAAGAGGUAGAAAGAAACGUGUAAAUCAUCAUCGUCGCACUGAUGAUAAUAAUUCUAAAACAAUAUCAGCAACAGUGCAAACAGUAAAUUUAGUAAAUAUUAGUGAACAUGGCCAGUCAGAGUUGCUUGGUGCACAACGUCGAGGAUUAUUCGAAGGACAUUGUGAAUCUGAAUCUCAUCGUCAAGCACAUAAAAAAUUCAAAAUAUUUGUUGAAAAAAUGAAUUUUGAAUCACAAAUACAACAACAACAGCAAAUAAUAAAUCAAAAUCAACAUUAUUCUGAUCAACACUUGUUGAAACCAUUGACUAUUCAUAUACAUCUCUUACAAGAGCAAAUUAAACGAGAAGGUGGUUUAUGA